AUGGCCACUUUCCCUGUUCAUCUAAUUCAGUCUGUUGAAAAAUAUGGCACAACAGCUAAUCCUGAUGAUUUUAAAAAUAUUUGCGAAAAGUUGUGUCAGAAAUUGAUCGACGACGGUCCUUCAAAACUGGAGGAAUCAAUUUGCAGUCAAGUUUACUGGAAUGCAGUUGCUGGAGUGCUUGUAGAGGCGGCCAGACGUGGCCUAUCUGUGGCAACACUUGAGGAAUUACUACCGAAAAACGAGCUAUCGCAUGCUAUUGUCAGUGUCUUCAGGGAAAAUGAACAAUCAAUUCGAAAAUGUAUGGCAACAAUUGGUUGGGAGCCACCACGAGUUGUUGAUAUCUCCUGGAAGCUUUCUAAAACUUUGGAGACAGACAAGAAUGCAAAGGAAAUGUCUGUGGCUGAAAUCCAUUUGGAUACAAUCCCAACGGGUUCAUCAGUUCUAGAGAAGAUCUCAUUUUGUUGCAGUUCGGAUGAUUUACAAAAUAUUCUGUGGAAAUUGAAAGAAGCCCAAAAUGCAGUUGUAAAUAUGAAAAAUUAUAAAUAA